CUUUCUCUUUACUGCUGUGCCAGAAUCUUCUUUUCAAGCAAUCGCUCUUUUCAAGUUUAUUGAAAAUGGCUUUAGAGUGUGGACCUGGAACUGACAACGUGGAUAGUGACGAUGACGACAUAGCCAGUACUCGUCAUGUUCUGAUAAGAGGGGUACAAAGAAUCUGGACGGUCUCUUCUAAUAAAAAACGAGGUCAUUCUUUGUUCAAACCAUAUAAAAUUCGUGUUUAUGACAUCAGAGGAAAGAAUGCAAUUGUUCGAGGCAAAAUCACUGGCUUUCGUGGCAGAAACAAAAAAGAUAUGGCUGCACAUCAUGGCCUGAAUGAAGAAUAUGUCUAUUUUAACCCCCAGAAGGAUUCUGCAGUUCUCCAUGACAACGCAGACUUGCUGAUACUUUUUAUAAAUUUCCAAUUAAAUCAGAAAGAGGCUUCAUCAUCUCCAUUUACUCCAGGUCCUCAUUAUACUGAAGUUUCACUAGCAAGAGGAUGUAUUGGUCUUGCUCCUGACACAUCCAUCGGUACACUGAAAACAGUCAUACGUGAUGAUAAACUGUUUAAUAAAGACAAAUUCCCAUGUCUGUUUCUUAAAGGAAAACGGUGUGAUGAGGAUUCAUCGAUGGCCGGUUCACUCUUUACAAAUGGAGAUGUUGUUGCAUGUUAUGCCAAAUCAGAUGUGAUGAUACAAUGUUUCUAUGUGCCAAGGCCAAAUGUGGAACACAAGUAUGAGUUUGCAUGUUUCAGCACAGAUAACGUUGGGGAGAUGAAACAAGCAUUCAAAAAAUCUUUCUGCAGAGAGUUUCCAGGCCUUGCUUCUGGCAUUGAUGAUGUGUGGUUUUCUGUUGGAAACCAACUUUUGAAAGACAAAGAGUAUUUCUCCCUUACUCUUCAGAGAAGAAGGCCAUUGUCACUGAAGGGACGGCUAGUUGUGCAUGUUAAACAAGCAAGUUCAUUUCCACUUACUUUGAAAAUGAUAUCCCAAGAACAUUCAUCUCAGAUCAUGCUGAUCUCAGCUCCCGUCACGACAGCUGAACUCCGAGAAGAAGUUUCUGAUUUGAUCAAACAGCCACCUAAUGCCCUGCAUCUGUACACAAAGAACAAGAAACUGAAAGAAAUGGUGUUAUCGAAAUCUGCUGGUAUCCACCCUAAGGGUGUAGUGUUGGUUAAGGUUGCAAAGAAAAUGCAGGUCUUGGUCUCAUUGCAAACUGAUGGAUCAACACAGAAAAUUGCUCUUCAACUGUUCAAGCUUGACUCUGUACUGCGACUAAAGGAGAUACUACAAGAACAUGCAUAUGCAACAGUCUCACAGUUACAGUUGUUUUUCAAUCAAAAUGAACUUGAAAAUGAAAGGUUGAUGCAAGAUUACCGUAUAAGGGAAGAUGACAUCAUUUCUGCAUGUGUCUUUUCAAUGCCAGACUUUAUCGUGGUGCGGCAGCCUGGGAGGGAACGUCUUCAUCUCAUUAUUGAUGGAUUACAAUAUACCAUUGGGAGACUAAAGGAAUACCUUGCACAUACCUUGGGAUGCAGUUAUGUCUUGCUAAACAUGAUUCACAGAGGUAGAUGUCUUCCAGAUGAUGACACUUUAGAACACUGUGGACUUGUAUCUGGAAGCACUGUACUGAUCCCAAGACUUGCCACGCAAGAUCAGUCAGCAAAUGAAAGAAUACUUAAAGUGUAUAUGUCGCAGGAAGAUGGCACAUUCCAAAUAGCAUUUGCCAAAGAAGCAGCAGGAAUUUUGUUUUAUGCUCCAGAGUCCGUCCAUUCUGACAGAUUCGAGAAACAUGCCACGAAGAGCGUUGCCCAAAAUGAAGAUUAUCGACGGGGCAUCAUGUUACGGAGGUGUAAAGAAAUCCAUCCUUGUAAACCCAAGCCCAUUCACCAAAGUGAAGUAAUCCAUCAGCAUGGUUCUAGAUCAUUAACAGCAAGAUCUGAUCCUCUUGCACAAAAUUUGAGCUCAUGUACUGUUCAGAGAAAAAGGAAACACCCACAAGGUCUUCCACAUGCACAUCCAGACUUAACUGGUCAUCGUCCACAUCCUAAAGCACUUCGAUUAGAUACAGAAUGCAAGAAAUACAUGUACCGUAAAGAGCUGAGCGAGAACGGUGGACGCUACAUUUUACGAGAAGAGUCAACAUUAGAUGUUUGCAAGUCUAAUGCUGAUGAAGUAUUUCCACACAUUGCUCUUACUCCGAGUGUCAUGUCUCCAGAGAAAGUAGUGUCUACUUCCCCGGAACAUGCGAUUCACAGGUCGCCAAGUCUACAGAGUCCUGUUGAAGCAAUUCAGAACUCCGUACUACUUGCAGUUGCAAAAGAACUUGGCAAUGACUGGAAACAAGUUGCCCUUGCGCUUGGACUGCAAAGCAGCGACAUUGAUGAUGUAGAAUACAGACACAGCCGUGAACUACGUGAGCAAGCAUGGCAUGCACUCAUACUGUGGAAAAAACGAAAUUCUAGAAAUGCAACGAUUGUCAGCCUGAAAAAAGCACUACGUGAUUGUGGUCUGGCUUUGACUGCAGAUUCCAUUGAUGAGAGUAUCAAAUAUGAAACCGUUUAAGCCACUUAGUUGAAGAGCAGAAUUGCUUCCAGUCUGAUAUAUUUAGGUCUAAGUGGAUACUAGAAAAUGACUUGCAAUUUUUCAAAAAUUUAAUUACACUUCAGUAAUAGUUGUGUUGUAAUAAUGGGAUAACUAACUGGGAACAAAUGACAAGUGGUAUGCGGAUAGAUGUUAUGACCGCCUAUGAUCUUGAAGGUUGGUAGGGGUAAAAGUCGAAAUUUCACAGUUGAUGUUUUAGAUCGAAAAUGCACAAUAUUGCAACGAUUUGCCAAAGAUUAAUCUGUCAAUGAGACAUAUUGCAAGUGAGUAUCCCAUAGGCUAUUACGGGCACUCUAUCUUGCUCCUCUUGCAGCACUCGACCAAGUUCAGCCAAUGUCGCUUUAUGCCCUAAACAUGUUCAAGUGGGGAAAAGGUCCAGACUGCCCAUGCAUUGGCUAUGGUCCUUGGGUCAAUUUCGCAAAGUUGUCGUCAGGCUACGACUAUUGCAUCUUCUAUAAUGUCACAUGGAUUUACCACAGUCUCAGUGCUACGCCCACUUUGGCUUUGGUGAAACGAUACCCAGGAGCACUGAUGAUUUGUGCUUGGUGAACACAGGCGUUGUCCUGAAAUACAAAAUUUCUACUCCCGUGUCCUUCAAAAAGGACUACACAGGUUGUCAGGAAGUUGUUUGGAUGUAACCUUUCCACGAACAACAUGCCCAUAGUGAUACCACCCAACCAUAGUUGAUCUGCUAUCGAAUUUAUCGUGACGUCAAAGGUAGACAUUUGCUUGACAUUCAUGUUGUAGUUGCCAAACACUACUACAACUAUAUUGUAAGUACAAAGUGAAUCGGAAUUUAUCUGAAAAAAUGAAAUUUGAGGAGCAAUAACGACCCCAGUUGCAACAUUGUUUACACCGUUGACGGCCUGUUUGACCGCCUCCGUGGUGUAGUGGUUAGAGCCUCCGUCCGAGAGCGGAAGGUCGCGGGCUCGAUCCCCGGCCGCGUCGUA